UAUAUUUCAAAUAAAAUAAAAACAACGAAUGUUUCAAAUCAUAUUGCGUAUAAAUUGCAAGUGUUAAAUAAAGAAAAUGACGAAUUUCAUAAUCGCUGUAAACGUAAUUAUUUUUUCCCACGACAAUUAUCGUAUACUUCUAACAAUGCUGUUAAAGUAAAAAAUGUAGAUGCGCUAAAUGGAUGUGUGGAGGAAUAUGUGGAAAAAUGUCUUAAACAAGAAAACAGAGCUUCGAAAUUUUGCAACAAUGUAAAAUAUUCCUUAAAACGAUGUGGUUCACAUCAGUCUACACGCCUAUGCUCAGUACCUAAAAAUCAUAACUUAAGAAGAGAACAAUAUUCAGAAGAUAAUACCACGCUGAACGUAAGAGUAAAUCGAGAAUGUAGCGUGAAUAUUUUAGAAAGAAACAGCCACAGCUUCGAAAAUGCUGAAAGUGAUUUAUCACUAUAUGAAAGUUCAAUUUCAAACAAUUCUCAGGAUGUUAAUAACAAUAGCCUAAAUAUAUCAGAAGAAAUUAAUUUUUCUAGCAGAUCAAACAAAUUUCGAGAUGAUCAGUUUAAAACAAAUUUCAACGCCAACAUACGAGAAAGUCAACCUUGCGCCGUGGAUAUUUUAAAUAGAAACAGUUGCAGCUUCGAAAAUGCUGAAUGUAAUUUAUCGCUAUAUGAAAGUUCAAUUUCAAACGAUUCUCAGGAUGUUAAAAACAGCCUAAAUAUAUCAAACGAAAUUAAUUUUUCUUGUAAAUCGAAUAAGUUCCAAAAAAAUUUAAACGCCAACACACGAGGAAGUCAAGCUUGCACCGAGGAUAUUUUAAAAAGAAACAGCUACAGCUUCGAAAAUGCUGAAAGUGAUUUAUCACUAUAUGAAAGUUCAAUUUCAAACAAUUCUCAGGAUGUUAAUAACAAUAGCCUAAAUAUAUCAGAAGAAAUUAAUAUUUCUAGCAGAUCAAACAAAUUACGAGAUGCUCAGUUUAAAACAAAUUUCAACGCUAACAUACGAGAAAGUCAACCUUGCGCCGUGGAUAUUUUAAAUAGAAACAGUUGCAGCUUCGAAAAUGCUGAAUGUAAUUUAUCGUUAUAUGAAAGUUCAGUUUCAAAUAAUAAUAAUAAAAUAAAUAAGUUUCUGGACACGCAGUUCAAAACAAAUAUGCAAGUUAACGGAGCAGGAUGUCAGCUUUGCGCUGUGGGUAUUUUAAAAAGAAACUGUUUCGAAAAUGUUGAAAGUGAUUUAUCAUACUCAAAUAAUUUGCAGUACUUAAAAAAUAGUGCUCCAAACAUAAUAAAAAAAAUUAUUGUUUCAAAUAAUUCUCUAGUUAGGAAAAAGUUAGUCAAAACGAGCUUAAACACCAAAGAAUGUUUUGCGAAGUCUAUUGGAAGUAAUGCAAAUUUGCUCAAUAAACAUGCUGAAUGUUUUUUGCACAUAAAAAAUCAGGUUCGUCCACUUUUUGAAACAAAAAAUGAGGAGCUUGAUUUGAUUUCGCACAGAAAAAUUGUUGAAUCCAUGUCCGAUAAUAGUAAAAAUAAAAUUAACAAAGAACGUAAAUAUAUAAUAACCACAAAACCGGAAGUGGAUGCAAACCAGACCAAGUUUAGAGCUGUUGCCAGUGCUCAUGAAUCAUUUCACCAGCUAUGCACCGACAGCACAACGUCUGUUAAAUCGCAUUUUUUGUCUUUUGAGGAUGCAAUGGAAAAUAGUUCAUGGGAUAUUUGCAAAAUUAAAUAUAACGAUACAAAAUAUUUACAAAAAACCACAUCUGAGUAUAAUAGUGAUCUCACGUUUGCUUCGAAUUUGCGAUUUCAGGAUAAAAUACCGGUUAUCCAAGCAACAACUGUGAACGCAGAACCUAACAGUUUUGAGAGCAUACUGAAUAUCAUUAAAUGGAAACCAACAUUAACUGCUGUAAACUUUAACAGUGCCGUUAAGCUACCAAUAGCCACUAAAAGCAGCUCUGGUAUUGUUCCUGAAAAGUUGUGUUACUCCAAGAAAGCAAAUGAGCAAUGCUUAUAUUUUUAUUCAGCAACUAAAAUCAGCCAAAAAUCAAAUCAAACCGUAUUGGGUUAUAAUCCAAGAAAAAGCAAAUCUGGAGAUUUAGGUUUUAGUAUACAAAUAAGACAAGCUAACAGAAAUUACGUUCCAACAAAGGAGAACAUUCAAAAUGUUGUCAUUUACGGUAUUGAUUCAACAUAUGUUAUACAAAGAGGAGACGACAGUGUGAAGAAUUCUGAAGAAAUUGAUAAGCAUUACAAAAUAUAUUGCAAUUCAAAAUUUGUGUUUCACUCACCUGCUCAACGAGAAAAUAUGGCACACAAAAGCGAAAUAAGUGUUUUCGCAAAUAAGGAAUAUAAUCAACCAAGUGACGCUCACAGCGCUAAAGUUGCUUUUGAAACCAAACUUUUUUCUGUGCCAAAUAUUCCAAGUCACGAUAAAAUAGCGCAUAAUGGGAAAAUAAUAAGCAACCAAAAUGAAGCGAAUUUGAACAGUUUUUUUUCACUACGAGAUGAGAGAGAUGAGAAAGAAGCCAUCUUCUUUCAAAAAAAGUAUUUCAAUUGUUUUCCCAAAAUUUUCAAUAUUUUCGAAAACAUAGAUUUAAAUUUAUGCGCUUUAAGCAAAAUAUCGUCUCGGUUUGACCUGCAAGGAAGAAGCGAUAGAAGCGAAGGAAGUAAAGUGCAAUGCGAUUCAUACACUGAGUUAAAUUUAUCGCCUAGUCUUCAUAAACAGACUAACAAGAAAAUACGUGUUUUUGAAAAAUUUCGCAAUGAAACAGAGAAAUAUAAUUGGAAAAUAUACACUUUCUCUGAUAUGACUAUUUCAUAUAACGACUACUCAAAGCACACGCUAUCGUUUUGUCCACAAAGAAAUGCCACUAGAAAAAAUAUUACAAAUUUUAAUACAACUUCUAGACGCAGUUCCCUUAUACUGUUAGCGGUGAAUUCUUCAAUGCAGGGUGGAUUAACUCAAAUUGGUACUAACCAUUCAGUUACUUUAAAUGUUGAACCGACAAAUUGUUGCAAUGAAUUUGGUAUGAAUUUUAAAAAAGUAAACAAUAUAAAAUCUAAAGAAAAAUUCAAUUAUAAUUGCAAUACAAUUUUGAAUGUGAAAAAUAAACCAAUUGCAAUGACAAAAACCAACACCUCGAGAAUCGAAUACCCUCACAAUUUAUUUGAAUCCGAUCAAGUUUUAGUCUCACAUAAGCAUUCAACGGCUAAAAUAGUUAAAAUUCAUAGCCAAGAUUACUUUCGAAAUAAAUAUUGUAAUUGUUUUGCCUCCGCCUAUGAGUUUAAAAGCGUCGAUUCGGUUUUGUUCAUGAUAAACGAUGGAAAUGACGCAGCACCAUUACUUAAACUAAAUACACCUAGAGAACAUGUAAACAGCUUGGAUGAUGUAUUGUUAUAUGUAGUUAGUAGUGAUAAAAAUGAUUUGCCUUCUACUUGCUGCUCUCUCAAAAUGUAUUCAAUAUGUAAACCUAGCAGUAUUGUGGUUCAGAAUUUUAAGAGACCCAGCAGUAAGAAAUCGCAAAAUGUGCAGUAUAAAAACUUGUUUAAACCAUCGUCUCAUUCCGUCUUACUAUUUUCUAAAACAAAAACUAUGAUCUGCAAUUCGGCUGCUCCUACAGAUUACGAUGAAUGUUUUGAUGUUCAGCAUACCAGCCGGAAAAUAUUCCGAGUGAAAAAAGAUACCAUUCAAAAUGCCAUAUAUGAGAUUUGCUUGAAUACAGCUCCGAGUAAACUGAACGCUACAAGAUUGUUAAGCAAGGAACUAGUAAUUUUCAAAUAUGUAAUUUUCAAAUAUGUUUCCGAUGACAACAUUACGAGAAAAACCCAAUUUUCGAGCACAACAAAUUCGGACGGUAAUAAGGUUUUGGAAGCGAAUAAUGGUGUUCAUUAUAAUAAAAUUAAAUCGGAAAGAACAUUUGUUAUUCGUUCAAACAAAGAUUCUGCAGAAAAUAAAAUCGUUGCUAAUGAAAACAAGUGCAAGAACAUGAGUCGCGAAAAGAAAACGGAAAGGUCAAAUGAAACAUACAGCAGAUUACCUUUAAUCAGCAAUUUUUCAAACAAUUCUAUACUUAACGAAAGACAUUUUCAACACAGUAAAAGUAGGGGUUCGUCGUCGUCAACAAUAACCUCUCCGCAUAUUGCAAAAAUUGGAAAUGCAUCGUUAGAUGAAGCGUCGGAACUUUUUCUAAAUAUAACAUUGGAGAGUACUGCCCUUUAGAAAAAAAAUGUUUAUAAUAUAAUAGAAAAAAGAUAGUUUAUUUGAUUUACAUACAAUGGAUUAGCUUACGAUGCAUUUUUUUACUUGAAAUCUGAAAAAUAUACUAUGCAUAUUUAACCGAAAUAAAUAUAAAUCCAGAAAAGCGAUUUUCGGCUUAUUUUUCGCCACAAGCCAGAACUCGAACCCAUGGUUCGUACUGCUAAUAACUGACCUACUGUUGUUUCCUUUAAGAAAUGUUUAAAAUUUUUAUGUAUAGUGCAGCGAAUACAUACAUACAAUUAAAUGAGAGUUUUAAUAAUAUAUUAGAGUUAUUAUUACAAAGUAAAACAAAUCAAUUUCAGUUAGUUUCGUUUG